AUGUUUAAAUGUGAAAAAGAUACCGGUCGCCAAAGGGAGACACUUCCUGUCUUGUCCGGACUAAAUUUUCCCAGCGAUGAUGCUGAGCCACACUCGUCGAAAUGGAUAUACACUCACUGGGCCAAGUAUAUUCAUUUUCUCUAAUUUCGUCCGCGAUUUCAAUUUUUGUAUUCCUGCUCUUGUGUCCUAUGUAUUCUUGUAAGAGUAUUUGUUUUCAAACUGGGAAAUUGACUUGUAUGAUGAUCAUCAUUAGACGUUCAUGUGUAGAAAUUCUUUAUAGCUAUAUCUAUAUAUUGUUCAAUCCAUUUUGUAUAGUUAAUUUCAUUAUAGUUUUCUGCGUUCAGGAAAAUGUAAAUCUCAAUUUAAAAAUAAUGUGCGUUGCAUGGCAAGCAAUUUAUAAAUGGCAACAAUAGGUUUGAUCUCUAAGGCUUUUUAAGUCAUUUUGAAGGUAAAACUUUUAUAUCGUAAAUCGAAUUCGAUGUGAAGCCCCCAGUCUUGGAUAAGAGCCAGCUGAGAACACCUCCUUUUAUUUUGGAAUUACAGUUUCUGAUAAUUUUCUAUCAUGUUAAGCUUGGCAUUAUGAACGUGAAGUUGACACCAGUUCAUCAGUCGAUGUACAUUUGGUUAGGCCUUGGUACACAUCGACUGGGCGAUGUUGACAAGCCAAUGCUCGCGUCUGACGGAUAGAUCAGUAGCGCAACGUGAGUGCGCAUGUUUUUUACAGCCAUUGAUAAGAUUAAUUCAGAGGCAUGUCUGUCAGCCGCUCGCCCAAUCCUAGUCUUCGAUUGUCGGUCUUUACGAGCUUUUGAUGAAGAACUUUGUGUCCUCGCGAGGACACAAAGCUCCUCAUCUACGAGUAGAUUCUGCCCACUUAUUUAAAUUUUAUUUGCCCUGGAGGGCCCAAAAAGUUGGUGCGUGUAGCCACUUUCGUUGAGAGGAUGUCCAUGCCAGGUAGUAUGAAGAGCAUAAGUUUGGUUCUGUCUACCAUUUAUUUAGAAUUUAACAAUGUUAUGGGUUGCAUCAGGUCAAAGAUAUUUUUAUAGGAAGAAGCUAUUAUUUGCACUGCUCUAGGAAUCUAAGUGGGCUUAUUUGUUGAAGAUCUGUCGUUAAAUCUCAUCACGUUAGUGGUACAUAGCUUGUCGCAAAACAUCUGAAAUAUAGUCAUUUAACUUUUGCUGCGUUUUCAGCGUCGUUUAUUAUGAACAGCCAUAAAAUCUUCUUUUAAAUUUUGUAGUUAUAUUCUAAGAUGACCCAAGCACUUCGUAAAGGUGCUGAGGACUUACAAUGGAAUUUUUUAAAUUCAAAAUCCACUAACAUUAAGACAUCACAAAUCCGUCAUCAAGCAUCGGACAACGUCUUGUCCUAAAUUGUACAGUGAUUACCCAAAUCUUCCUUCUCCAUUGCUUCCACGGGAGUAACUAUAAAAAACCCUCUGAUUUUUAGCCUCUUGUACAAAUGGUUAACAGAAUUUUAAAGGUAUGUCCUUUGACAACUUAAGACACAACGAUGUAUACGUAACUUGUUUUAGAUAAUAUGUCGUAGAAAUGUCUUGUCGUGUUUCAGCCAUUACCAGCUGUCGAAGUGAUUCUGUGCGCGCUUCCCAACUUUAUCCCUUUGAAGGCUGCUUAAAAUCCAGAAUUGUUUUCAUGUCAAUUUUACUAGCUUCUUGAAGGCAAACUACCGUUAGAUAUGAUUUCUCUGGCGGUCUUGCAUACUUUUGCGCCACUUAUGCUAUGCUGUCUCUUAAUUAUUUAAAAAACGUAACAUCAUCGUGUCGCGAAUUAAAACCCUUCCGACGAGACAACUCUAGCUUAGUAAUCAGCAUUUCCCGUGGUUUCAUAUUCGCAUCUGCGUUUCUGUCAGAAAUUUUAGCUUUGAAUUUUACAAUUCUUUUUGUUAACAGGGUUCUUUUGCGUUCGGCAGCCAUGGUCAGUUUAGCUUCAGUGAGUGCCAACACCCCGAAAACUUUUGAAUAUGUUCCCUCAUUGAUGUACGUCACCUUUGCAGUCGAUAUUAUGGUGGCUUGUCUGCUGACGGUGGAGAUGGGUACAAAGAUGUGCAUACAGGGUCUGUUUGCCCCAUCUGCAGGCCAGGUUAGUUUAAUUUCGUUUUCUGAGGCAGCAGGAUAUCUGUUUAAUGUCUCCUGGGGAUUCAACUGGACAUGAGAUGUCCUUCGCAUUGUAGUUGAGCAUUUUAUGACUUCCAUUCUUUAAACUAUUUGCGUGAAAGACUUAUGAUAAGUACUGUGUCAAUUAUCGAAAACCGUUUAAGGGGUAUUCUGUUCGACGUACAUAGUGGUCAGCUGCAAUAAUAAGUUUAAGUUAUUUUAGUGAUUUUAGUCGUUACCACUGAGAGUUCACUUAAGGUCUUUGCAUGUGUUUACAAAAUUGAAAAAAGCGUGUUUUAAGCCCCAGGGAAAUUCACUUUUUUGUAGGAAUAUAUUUGGUCUGGUGAUUGUAAGCUCAUGGGCAUUUGAUACAACAGAAAUCCGCACAGUCUUAUGAUAGUUUUUGUGUAUCAUUGCGUCGUUGCUUUGAUUUUGUUAACUCUUUUCCGUUUCAAAAAAGUUCCAAAAACAUACUUUGCUUUAUUUAACGUCUUGUCCACCUGGCUCGUAUAAUGAUUUGUCGCUUGCUUAAUGCAGGAUUUAAAUCAGCUUAUCAAAAAGCAGAUUGCGGCCAAGGUAAGGUAGUUUGCGUUUAGCUCGAGAUCCCAAAACUGUCAGCGUCUGAAAUGAAUGUCCAGCCUGCGAGUAUUUUUCAUUUCCUUUGAGUUCUCAAUAUGUUCUUUUCUUUCUUUUCGUUAACAUUUUAUGUUCUUUUGGUGUGAACGUAGUUUUUUAGUUCCCUUAGUUUUCAUUUUGCAUAUAUAUUAUAACGGAUCGCAUACGUAGAUCCUAACCCGAGUUCUGUGCAUGUUGAAACCAAAGUAAGCAUAUUUCAACCCACUUUUACUUUGCUCGCGAAGAGCAAUUAAAAACACUAUACAGACAUUUUUGGUGCAGGAUGUAAAAGGAAAAUUGAAACCUAGCUCGACGCGGAUACAGUCAUCCACCGUUAAUUGUAAAGUGAAAAUUGCUGGGACGAUUUUUUCCCCACUUUUUUUAUGUGCACCAAAACAGUAUUGCAUUCACCUGAGGUUAACAAUGAUGAGACCGAUCAAAGAACGCUUUUUACACUAAAUCUAUAUGCUGCCAAUCUUAGUAUACUUAGAACUAACUGCCAUUAAAUUCACAAAAAUGUAAACGGAGAUGUUGACUGUACAUUUCAAAUGAUCCUCAUGUUACAAACUUAAAACCGACAUUACACAUUAGUUUAUACCUUUAACAACUUUUCCGGCGGUUUAUUCUUGCUUAAUCGAUAGCUUACAGCAUUAGAAACGAAUUUAAUCGUUCCCGGGACAAACAUCUACGGCCUUCAGACAAUCAGACUUUUGAAAGGAAAGAAACUAUUGCACGAUUUCAAGACUGGAUGAACUCAGGAUUUUAGUCUCCAGCCAAUUUGGGCUUCUAUACCGUUUAUACCCAGAGAGACAAUUACACGAUUUCCUUUUCCUGGAAUAAAUCAUAUUUAGGUCUUGUUCAACGAAACAUGGAGCCAUAAAAGCAAAUUGGGUGGUUGUUGAUUGUGUAUAUAUUCGAACUUUUCUAAGUUGAGCAUCAUUCUCCUGGCGCUUGGUGCAAGUUUCGAACUAGGUGCUGCGUUUUGCAGAGACUGAACUUAUUUUUGGCCUUCAUUUUGCAUCCUAGUUUCUUUUAUUGUUCGUAUCUGGCGCUGGAUUAAGACGCUAAUCAUGAAUGGGCGAUUUUCACCCGUGAAUCGCCUCAUAUGCUGGACCCGUUAUGCCAUGUACACCUGAAUCUAUGCAUCACUGGCACGUGACCUUUGCUGGACUUUUCAUCUGCGUCAACAAGCGGUCACGGCGAUCGCACGGAAGUUGUUAUCCGCCAUUCUGUUUUAUGCUUAUGCUUGUUCACUCAGGCCUUGCAUGCAUUUCAUCGCUUUCGACUCUUGUACGCAAACAGAAGUGUCCGAGCUACUGAGACUUUAUGAUUUACAGUAAUCACAUGGAUAACCUUUGUUAUACUAAACAUGGUUGGUCAACGUUACUCGGGCUGGAGGGUGGAUAUGAAAUGUCCUAGCCAACGAAUUUUUAAACCACCUUUCUGGUAGGGGACAACGUUCAGGACUGGUCGGCACUAGGGAUAAAUCGUUAAUUUUCCUAUGUAUUUAAGGCCUUUUUAACCAUCCACCCUUAUCCACCCACUAAACAACAACGCAAAAUAUUACUGGAAAUCUGCACUCGGACCAGACUUAACUGCUGUGCCACUGACCAUAUUAAUUCCUCCUUUGCAUUCAUAACGAAUGCGGUGAUUUAAAGGAGACCAUUAACGCUCAAAUCGACGCAAGACCUGCCACGGGCAGUGUGUGGACCAAGGCACUGGGCUUGCAGCCGCUUGACACCCUGUCGAAAACGACGACUAACCGUUUUAGUUUAAAGGAGGUAGUACCGAAAAAUUAAUCUACUUAUUUUAACUCCAGUUCUGAGAUCUAACAUCAGUCCCUGGGCGGAACACGCCUUUGGAUUAAGUGAUUUUCGUGUUUCCCAAACCAAGUAUCCAAUCACCCGAGUUAAGAUAUUUCAGGAUUUUUGGGGCAUUGACAACUCGGAGAGGUUACAUGAGGCAGAAAAAAUCUGGUUGGUUUUUCAACUUUGCCUGUUUCAUUCAGCGAACUUUCCUAAAGUCAAUGAUUUGUAGUUGAAGAAGCAUAAUUUAUCUGGUUGUCACGAUGCAUAAUUCGGACUGCAAGCCGUUGCGUCUGAAGAACUUGAAUUGGAUCCAAUAAGGUAAGCUUUUCGUAUUUUGUUGUUCGGAGCAAAGCAGUUCUGGAGUUCUUAAAUUUUGUCUCCCAGUUCUUCCCCCUUGCGUGAUUUUUUGCUUAAUAAAAUCUCUAGGGGUAGAUCCCCAAAAUACCAUCAGUCAACUCCUGUCUCAUAUUCACAUAGUGUUCGCCAAACAGUACAGUGGAGCUCAGCAUCACGUAGGAAAUCCUGCAUGACAAAAAAACGGAAUUUUGAGAAAAGCCAUUCACUAGUCCACUCGGACUGUCUUUGAGUUCUCAACAGCAUGAAUGUUCUUAGCAGUGCAGAAACUACUUUCACUGGCAGCACUCAAUUGAAUUUCAGUCCUUGGGUGUUGGCGUGGACACGAAGAGGAAUAAGGCCUACUUCCAACAGUCGUGGAACUGCUUUGACGCCUCCAUGGUCUUUUUCCUGUGGGCUUCUAUCAUUCUACAAUGCUUUGAACUACGUGCUGCGUGGGAGUGCGGUCCGAAGGAGGAGACCUGCACAGAGGAGUUGCAAUUCUGGCGACAGUACGGCUGGCUCAGUGUCCUCCGCUGCCCACGACCACUCAUUCUCAUUCGGGUUUUUCGUGCAGUCCUAAAGUUGCAAUUGCCACCCGCCCGAGUAAAUGCCAUUUUUCAGUAAGUUUUGCGUAACGCUACUUGGACCCAUCGCCAGUUUUAGAUUAUGACAUUAAAGUGCGUCAUUCAGGUGGCUUUCUAGGUCUGUUUCGGUCCACAAGUCGCUGGAAAACACCGAUGUCCAGAAACAAGGCCGGAAAAAUAAUCGUACCUUCUCUGAUAUUGCCACUCUCCUACAGCGAACUGGCGUGUUUUGGGAUGUUCGGUCGAUGUUGUGUUUGCUUGCGCGCUGCACGUAGCGUAGUUUUUUCAGCACGAACUAUAGUUUUAUAUUCUUCUAGGUAUCUGCACUUACAUUCUUUGUUCAAAACUGAAAGGGCCAGAUAUAUUAGUUUUAGGAAAAAUCUAAGCUUAAAUGGUGUUUACAUGGAAAGUGGGUUUAACAGCACUUUUGUCCGGAUGAAUUCAACUCAACAGACUCAUGUUGGGAAUAAUUAUAGUUUUCCCAAAUUAUUUCUGUGGCCUUGUUAAUUACUAGCCCUCUUUAUCUGUAGGGCAAAAGUGUGCUUCUACAAGACAAACAGAGCAGCGGAAGAGCAGUACUGUGCCGGUGGCUUGCCCGCCGUUGCGAGUCAGUGCUCCCGGAGUACUGGCACCAGCGGCUUAUGAAAACUCCUUUCUAACGGGUGCGGACCCGUGCUGCGCAUAUUCCUUGGGCCAAGGGGGUGCCAAUAUGCAUUUAAUCGUUAGGAAUUUGAUGAAUAAUAAAAGGAUUAAGUGUUACGAAAACCUCUGAACUUUCGUAAUAAGGUUAUGCGAGGGUGUAUGUCUCUUCGUAGUCAGUAGAAAGGGUAUUUUGCAAUGUAACAUUGCUGUCUAGUCUGUGGAACAGCGUGGAUUUUAUUGCGACUAACCGCCUUUUUCAAGGCGACCCUCAUUUCCCCAUGCACGCAAUUUGGGGAGUGGUUUUCGAGAGAAGUCCGGAGACACUGAAGCUUGACACGAAGCAUGCUUACGAUACUAAAGCCGAUGAACGCCGAUCCAAAUUGCUCUAAAUUCAUGGCUGAUUACGUUACCUGCCGGUAUAUUUUUCAAAGUUCAUUUAUAUAACCGGAACCCUUUUUAAGGAAAGACAAGAGAUGCCCCAGGACUGCAGCCGCUCCCUGAAGUGUUUGUCCGUCUUAUAUCAUCUGCUCAUUAUAAGUAAGUAAAUAUCACCUUCGUGCAAAUCUGAGUGGUCUCGUUCUCAACCGGUAAACCAUGGGUUCGGAUCUCAAGUAUUAGUGUUUAAAUUCAAUAUUUACCAUGGUCAGUCGGCUAGAGGUUAAAUCCCAGAUGCCCGCCAGUGGUUUGGGUAAACCUCGAAUAACCAUUCUUUGUCGGUAAUAUUUCGACAGUCUGUAGUAUGGCGUCUGCUGAAACUGACGGGAGACUGCAUCCACAUGGACUCCCCACAAAAUGUGCUGUUGGGGAACAGCUUAGAAUGAAAACUUUUCCGAGUUUUCUUAAUAGGGCGGCAUCCUGAAGUGAUCACUACCGCUGUCCGUUUGGUUUUACGCUGCCUAAGCACUUGAUCCUAACUUGUAUUGUUCACCCCCAGAUCUCUAGACUUAGGUCAUAUACUUAUGCCGUAUCUGAUCAGAUCGGUCUUAUUAGCCUAUGAAGUGUGUCGGCCUUCACUGACAUUCACUCACCCUGCGUUUUCAUCUCUGCAAAAUUUAGGCGGUCCACACAUCAAAUAUACAACGUCAGUGUCUUCCUUCUCUUCUUCAUGUCCUUGUAUGGGCUUCUUGGCGUACAGUUCUUUGGCGACGAGCUGAACUAUCACUGCGUACUGAAGACAGCUAACGAAAGGCUAGUGGUAACUUUUUACCAAAGUUCAUGCUUAUGUUUUGUCUAGCGCCUUUUUCGUUGAAGUAAGCAGCAAAAACUGAAGGGCAUGAUUUCGCCUCUCUAUUUCAUCUGGGGGAGAUCGGACACUAAAAGUUAGGUCUUUAUGUUAGCAUCAGGAUACACUGAGCCGAAAUAAACGUAUGAACAAAGUAGCUUUGACCCUGAUUUAGAUGAUCAGAUGCUUACUUUUAUUUUCCCUAGGUGACCUCGAUUGAUAUAGUUCUCUCGACCCCAUAUGUCUGCUAUCUCACUGACGACCCCCUCAUGUUGAGACGAGAUGCCGGAUCAUUAGCAACUAGAGAAUGCGCAGGAAACUAAGACUACUUUCCAAGUAAACGUGUAAACUUAGUGAUGCAAGAAGAUUAGAGGAUAGGGAGUUUUUCAUCCACAGGUUUCCUUCCAUUCAUCCUAAUUGAACAAAACGUUGGAAGCCGACGUGUUGCAAGGGAGGUGCUCAGACCUCUUACAUUCCGGUACCACAGCUUGGAAGGCCACUAUUCUACAACAUAACAACGACUUCAGUGUGAAUAUGGUGCACCUCGAAAAAGUUAUUCGACGUGAUCGAGUACUUACUUCGUAAUGCCGAACAUCUAACACUGACUGUGCGUUUUUACCUACCUAUUUUGUUCAGUUCUUUGGUGCAGCAUUGUGGGCCAACUUAAAUUGUGCGUAGCAAAAUUUGUGUAGUUUGUUUAGAUAGUUGCGACAGAUUGAAUACAGAGUAAUUCGUCAUUAAUUGUCUGAUUCAGAAAGCUUGCGAUACCCCAUCUCUGACCUGCAUGCUUUUGUGACUAAUCGUAAUUUCAUUUAUCGCCUCAGUAAAUGUCUUGUUCAAGAGUUUAAAAUGAACAUACGUCCUUCAAAUAAAACUGAGCUUCUGUCGUAUUUGCAGUAA